UUACAAGACGCUGUUGAAUAAGGAAAAAAGAAUCAAACAUGCAAGAUGAUGCACAUCAGCUUUCUUGAACGUUAUUGGAUGUUUACGACGCUGUAAAAAAAGUAGAAACUAUACGGGAGCGCGUUCUCAAUAACCAUAACCUUGCAAACUAUGAACAGUCGCAUAUGACCGAAUUUUUCCGCUAUGUUUAGCAUGGUGAUUAUGCGUCAAACUACUGCUCGAAAAACUAAGUGGGUCAAAAUGAGCGUCACUGAACGAAUAAUAUAGGUAAGUUACCAGCCAGCCGAAUGGUACUGUUGGCGCGCGUUCUCGUGGUCAGCCUGUAUUAGGCUUAAUAAAGAGUGCAUCACGCGAGUACUACGUUCCGGUGCGUUAACCUCGCGAGCGCAUUCAGGAAAAACGCCGCUGGGGCACAACUGAUGAGAGCAACGCGAUCGAGCAUUAAAUACCCUUAAUGCCACGUGCGUGUUCAACCCGUCUUACAAGGGUGAAUUGCUAAAACGCAGAGUAGCAGUUGUGCGUUUCAACGAACGCUCAACGGACGCGGGCACAAAACUUCCGAAGCACCUGCUUGGGGUUUGUUUACAAACAGAGCCCACUUCCAAGCUGUGUUUUGAGCCCGAAGACGGAAGCGGAAACGGUCCCGCCGAGGCGACCCAAUAGCGACGCAGCCAGUGAUCGCACGCCACCAAUGGGAGCCCGCGUAGCUGCCUGACGUCACCUCGAAGACCCUCGAGCGAGGCGAAAAACGGCGCAGGAGGCGGCGGUGGGGGUCGUCUCGUACGGGGAUUCCGCAGUUAUGGAUUCCCUUCGGGAGCAGGUGAUGAUCAAUCAGUUCGCGCAGGCAGCUGGAUGCGCGAGGGACCAGGCCAAACAGCUACUUCAAGCUGCCCACUGGCAGUUCGAGACGGCGCUCAGCAUUUUCUUCCAAGACGCGGCUGUACCUGGCUGUCACCCAGCGGGCCACUUUAGCUCGAUGUGCACGCCCGCCAAUACGCCGGCAACGCCACCCAACUUUCCCGAGACCCUGCUGUCCCUGUCCAAGCUCUCGGCCGCCACCCCUCCAACGGUGCCUAGCCCCAUGCAGGGCUCGGCGCUGCAGGGCGGCUACCAGGGCUGCAUGGGUGCGCCAAGCCAGUACGCUCCGCAGCGGAGUGGCGGCGGCGGCAUGCCUCCCCAUUCUUCCCAGGGCCGCUGCUAUCAGGCGAGCACCUCGCCUUCCUCGUCGUCCAUGGAAGCUCAACGGUAAACUUCAGCGUGGAGGAAGUGGCUUGUCCCUUCGACAACACAGGAGCGGGGAGAGAACGGGCCUGUGCGCCGACGGGAUGCGCUCUGUGCAGCAUUGCUUCGUCGUGGUUGCAUGAGCGGCAGAGCACGUGUCCGGACAUUCGAUCGGCGAUGCCGCAGGCUCGAGGAAGGGUGGGGUUGUGAACGCGGGGGAUUGGCACUCGCUGAGGUACGGAUGUUGGAAUGGUAAUUGCUGAAGGUGGCGUUCAGUUUGGAGAGGUGUGUGCGUGUGUGUAAAGCGUGUUGAUGGGCAGCUGUGCCCCCUGGGCACAUUUUGUUGGCUUUUAUUGUAUUACCAUCCAGUCUUCUUCGAUUGGCUCAAUUAGAAGAGGGUACUUCUUAGUCUCCCAACACCAGAGGCUUGCGUAUUAGAUGCAACACCUGAGUCAAACCUUUUAUUAUUGCCAUUUUACAACCAAAGGUAUUCGGAGCCCUCAAUGCAUGGAUUCCUUUUGGCGGCACGUUGAGAUUGUACAUCAUUUUAGCGAUUCAACGCUGCUGGUUUAUAAUAGCCGAUUUGGUAUUUGUAAUGUUAUGAUAUGGGCUGCAGCAAAUUACUUGAACUGUUGUAACAUUCUAAACGCCUUUUACCUAAAUUGGAUGCCAAAUUCAACAGGUCAGAAAAAUCUGUGCUUUCAAGGGACUCUUAAAAGUGCUAUGAUGCACUAAUUCCCUGGGUACUGUGGGAUGUUUCUCUCAAACUUUUGAAAAUAACGUCGUAAGCCAAGGCGCUUUCUACUUAUGUUAUUUUUACGGCCGAACACUCUGUAUUCUGCAAACGUGCACCCGCUGCUUCGGAGUGCUGAUGUCGACGUGUCCCUUGAAAGCGCGCUUGUUUCUGGACUAGAUGGGUUGCUCGAAUAGGGUCAGAAGCUGAGGAAGAAGUUUGGUUCUUUCAUGCAGCUACUCUCAGCGAGUUUGUAAGGGUAUCACAGCCACCUAUGGUGUUUAAACUAGCGCAGUCAAAGUGUAGUAGUUGGCAUCGCAGAAUUGGUGACUCAGGGCAACAUUUGCUUCCGCCCUAAGUCCCUUAAAUUUUUUGUCCCAGGCUGCCCAAAAGCACUGCUUUCAGAUGGGGAGCGUUGGCAUGGGGCAGUGUUUUGGGGAGUCCUGGGCAGUUUGGGAUGACAAAUCGAAGAGUCCCACUUUUGCACAACCUGCGAAGUAGCACGCACAACCCCCGGACGUCACUGACAGCAGAAAUGUGGACUGUGACAUGCUGCAGUUGUAGAACCAAAUCUUCUAUCACUCAAUGCCCUAUUUCCCCUUCUCAUUACCCAGAGACUUAAAAGGCCAGAUGUGGAGUGUGGUGUGUUAGAUGUGGAAGCUAGAGCUGUUGAGAACACUUGUAAGAGUUUUUCUUAGAAAAUUGCAUGUACCCACGACACAUUUGCUUGUUUGAAAGUUCUGCAGAAAGCAAACUCCCCCCCUCCCUUUCUCGCCCCUUUUUAAAAACUAUCUUUUGUUCAUCACUUGAAGGAUCUUGUGAACGUGGUGGUAUCGUGGAGUGCUCGAAAAAGAACCGUGGAUGCACAGUGCCCGACGUCGUUUUCUUUUUUUUUUUUUUUCCCUAAGUUCGUUGCUGCACACGUGGUUGGUCGAGAUGAGUCUCUAGUUUGGAAACCUGCAGCAGGAUGACGAUGCACAUCACCUUUUUUUUCAUCCACUGGUGCGUUUCGUUUCUCAAGUGACAAGACAACUGUAGCUGUAUUCUCAGUUGGAUCACUUUCGGGGAUACUAUCACUUCAACCGACCAGCACUGGACGUGGCGUCUGUAGGUGACAGCAUUCCCAAUGUUGUGCUCUGCAACAUGUCAAGAAUAAUGUCCCCCAUAGGUGCCGAUGCAUUUGGUGAUAAUUAAGCAAAAUAUUGUGGAAGUGAUUGCAUUGCCUAAAGUGAACCCAUUUUCAACUUUUGUAUCGUGAUAUACCGAAGAAGCGUUUCGAGCUGGCAUGCACGCGCAAUGAAAGCAAGCAAGAAGUGUUGUUUCUAGCGUUCCCUUUUUUUUUUUUAAUUCCUUUUCACCGAGAUGAGAGCACACUAUGUUGAUUAGGCAGUCGUGUUUGUAAGAGCCGUUGUGGAGGGAUUAUUGGGUGGCACGAUUUCAUUGUAUUAGCAUGUCAGUCUUUGAACAUUCUUCUCGUAGUGCAUGGCUGUCGGGGAAACUUGCCUUUCAUAGCUUAUAUGCCAAAGCAUGACUGGAAUUGUGAUAACAAGUUGGCUCGUAAUCUAUUGCUACAUGUUUAUGAGCUGAUAAGUGCAGCCUUUUAAAGUAUGCUACCUUGCAGAAAGGUGAUGGGAGCUCAGUUGUUUGCACUAACUUGGAACAAGCCAAACGAGGAUGUGUGGAGCAGAAUGGUGAAUUAUUGCUCGCCAAGGUCAGUUUGUCGCCACGCUGAGGCCACUUUCUUUCUUGACUUGAGAUGCCAAAGGAAUAUAUUGGGUCGAGCUCGAUUAAAAGAUCAGGCUGUUGUCAUAACAAAUUCGCCAUUCGUAUUGAAAACGGAGCUUUUGUAAGGGAGAAAAUGGCAAUAAUGGAAAAUUGGAGUGGCGCCAUCUGUGGUGGACUAUGGUACCUCUCGUGGGACAUCACUCUGGCUGAUUCACAGAGGGCAGCUGUUACGUCCCCACCACUGCAAGGGCGCCAGCAACCUGAAUCCAAGCCAAGCUGCAGAGCGUGGAUAGCUUCAGCGCCUCACGCAAGUGAAAUGCCAAAGAGUUUCUAGAAGACAACAGCAACUUAGAGGGAGGUCACGGAAAGGUCAAGUCAACUUGCUCAUUUUGACAUGGGCGGCUUAAAUUGAGCAACAGCGGCAAUUUUCUGCGCAACAAAGCACACAGAAAAUGAUGGUAGACUUCUAGACGAAUACUGUAUAAGUUUAGCUCGAUGUAAUGUAUUUUUUUUUUUAGUGUGCCUUUAAAGUUUCUUGGUUAUUGCCAGCCAGAUUAUUUGCCAGAAUUUCAGUCCACAUUUGCAGUGCCUGCUAGCUGCACGAUUCAUUCCUCUCUUUUCAAUGUUGUUCUGCGAGCUUAACUUCAGAUGAUGGCAAAUGCCUGCAUCAUUGUGGCCAUUUAGCCCUUGGCAUGGGGCUUUGUUUCACCAGACUUGCUUGUGUGGCUUGAUAAACUUGCUUGGCCCUGCAACAUAUUUGGCUCUGGCUCAAUGUGGCAUCAACGCGGCUUUGUGUAUUGCUAGGACGACAGUGGUAUUGGCAGAGUUGUGAAUGCAAAGCGAGGUAAAUCCAGCUCUUUUCCAACGGAAGGCACGACAGGAGGCAGGAACUUUUCUUACUAAAGUUUUUUCCCCCUCUAUUCCAUAGCAUGCGAAGAGUGGUGAACAAUUAGCCUAGGGGGGUCAUUUGCUGUUCACCCACGGAGUUGCUCAGUAGUGUUACUAUUUUAGUUUUUUCCUGUAGGGAUUGUUCUCUCGUGGUUUUCUACAGACUGCUGCAUAUGCAUGCCGCUCCCAAACCCGCUGGUGUUGUCUCUUCCACUCUGUGCUAGCGGGAGCUUGUCUUGUACUAGAAGAGGGUUUCCAGAGAAUCCCAAUGACUCGUCGCAUGCUGGUGUUUGUGUGGUGCUCCAGUGUUGGCGAUUUUGCUUCUGCUCGUGCCACACGGGGUGCAUGCGGCUGCUUGCUGCCUCAAGUGUUCAUGCCAUUUGCAAGUUUUCUGCAACUCGGUCCCAUGAAGUGCAUAUUCCUCAUGUCAGCAGCAAACCUGCAACAGCAUGUUGAUGUUGUUUAGAACAACGUCCUAUUGGGUGUGCAAUUGUAACUCUGGACGCUCCUUUCAGACAUGCGUCUUUGAUGUGAGAGAUGCCGCUUUUACUGGCAUAUCGUAUUGGCACCAUACUUGGCUGGUCUCUACACUUCCCAGGAGUGGAGGAGCAUUCUUUGCAUGGAGAUAAUACAAACGCAUCUUAAUGAAAUUCAGCAUGUCCAGUUGAUUGACUCUGUGCUUUUGCUGGAAACUUCUCAAAAAGAGUUCUUCGGCCUUAUCAUUAUUGCAUGAACGAUGACCUUGAAGUCUGAUCAUCAAGUACCGGCCUCACAGACAAUGACAUUGGGCAACUUGAAAAGCCUCGAACCUUUUGGAGCCCCUGGAGAGACCCUUGUGGCAGGAGUUGUGGACUGAAAAAAAAAAAAAAAAAUUGGUAUCAGUGCGAUUUGUGUGUUGUCGAAGUGAUGUAACUGCAUCGGCUGGCUUGUAGAUAGACCGACCGGCUCCCCUCGCAAAUGUGCAAUUGUCGUCACACUGUCAGUUCUUUUCUCUCUCAGUAUUUCAGUGUGCUUAUGUGCCUUGGAGCAAUUGACAACCAUGUCUCGCACAGCUUUUUGCAGGAACUGUCGUUGUGUUGCCAACAAAUCUUCUCUUAACUGGGUUUGUCGCGACGUCAUAACCUUGUCUGGGGGAAAUUGUGCGUACGUUGGCGUCUGCGGUAACAAUAGAUUACUUGCACGAGCGGAUGUUACAACCAUGGAUAUAUGUGAGAAGCAAUAUUGUGUGUCUCGAUAUUGAUAUUAUACAUAUUAUAUAUACACAUAGUGUAACAUGGCGCAAUUCAGUUAUAAAGAGUGAUUAAGUGACCACCACCUCAAUGAUGCAGAUAUUUUAUUGAGCUGAACUCUAUUUUGUGUCCAGUGAAACAUAGUCAUACCCUUAAAAAAAGACUGCUGCUUGGCAGUUUGUCUGUUUUAACCCCUUUUUUUAUUUUGUUUUUGUUAUUGACUCUCAAGAGUCUGUCAUAGGACAAGGGUUUGUUGUGCUGGGACUGACGUAUGCAUGAGUGUUCAUUGACUGAAUAAAGACAGUGUCUUGUCACCAUGAA